AUGGAGGGUGCCGCUCCUUUCCUGUGGUCUCCAGAUUCAUGGUUUCCAGAUUUUUCUAAGGGAUUGGCAUUGUCCUGGGAUCCAAGUGCUAGUGUGUCGGAUGAACCAUUAAGUUAUCAGAUUCCAAAAACAAUUGAUACUAAUCUCAAAAGACAACUUUCUGGAGCUACAAGAGAUGCAGCAGCUGAGAAGAAAAGACGGAUUGACAAGGCCUAUCGUGAACGAUGUAAGGAAGAUAAGUUGAACACCAAGAUGAAAUUGGAUGCACUUACCAACGAAAAUGAUCGUUUAAGGAGAGAGAAUGAUUGCUUAAAAAAUGAAGAAGUUCGACUAACACAAGCUUUGCAACAUCAAAAAGAUGGGAUGAAUAAACUUGAAAAGGAAUUUGGCCAAUUAAAGGGCCAGCUUCAUAGUCAAAAUACGAUUGUGGAAGUGCUUUCAAAACGACUUGUAAGUGUUUCUCCAUUUUCUUCCUUUGCUCUUUUGUUUUACAAAACUAGCAUUUUAUAA